ACUAAAAAUACCGAACUUCAAAAUUCAAGGUUAAUUUUUUUGUAUUGAUUACCCCUUUAAAUCUAGUUACAUUACAUUACAUCAACUCUUUAAAUUUUCAGCUUUAAGCAAAUAGGCAAGUGUUCAACUGUUCAAAACUUUGAAAUGGAAGUGGAUGAUAUUAAAAUCCUACUUCCUCCUUUCAACCCCAAUUCAUCGCUAAGCUUAAACUCCCAGGAAUGGGUUGACGAAGUCGAGAAUAUGAGCGCCCUUCAAAAUUGGUCCGAUGAGCACACUUUGUUGUAUGCUUCCCUUCGUCUCGAGGACGAUGCCAAGUUAUGGUUCUGUACGAAUAAAUGGAAUAAUUGGAAGCAGUUCAAGUCAAAGCUUGUCAGUCAGUUUCCCACCUCCAAACAUCUUUCACAGUAUUUGGAAAAAUUGCUGAAGCGCCACAAGGAGGAUGGUGAGUCUUUUGACGACUAUGUCAACGAUGUUGUUCAAUUGGCAGGGAAAUGCAAUUUCACUUUACCAACCGCAAUUCAUUAUAUAAUUUCUGGACUGAGUGAUGCAAACAUGAGGAAUCGUCUUAUUGCUUAUAAUUGCACUUCCAUUCAAGAGGUGUUAUCCAGGAUACAGACGAUAACAUUCAAUCAGGAGCAGGAGGCAAAGUGGACGAAUUCGGAAGAACCAAAACCAACGUUGCCUCCAAAGAAGCCACCUCCACCUCCAACUGCAGCACCAGCUCCAGCUGAUGUCGAAUUUCAUCCAAACUACCCAACAUUAAAAAAUGAAGCUGAGUGGAGUGAUCUUGUGGUGACUGUUAAAGUUGCAGAUGUCCUAUUAACCGCUUUUGUCGAUCUGUCAAGCAAGUAUACAACUCUACAAUCGAGCGAAUUUAGGAAACAUUCUUGGAAAUUGCGACAACACGAUGUAAAAGCUCUAGGAUUUCGACUUGGACUGUCGAAGGUCUUAGGAAAAACCAUCAAAACCGUGAUUGCUGGACAGGUAGAGAUGUUGAUAGAAAUCCUUGUUGUCGAGGACAACUUCCAAAGCUAUCCCAUCAUCUUGGGACGUAAUUUCCUGCACAAUAAAAAUGUGUGCAUUGUCAAAAGCUUCCAGAGCUGUGAAAUAAAUUUCGUCGAUACACCCAAAUCAACAACACCAAUUCCAACUCCACAAAGUACAGCCCCACCUAAGAACAAGAAAAAGAAAAGAUCAAGAAAUAAGUCGAAUAACCAGCAACAAAUGGUCAACAACAGUUCAUCGUUAGAAAUUCAGAAAAUUAUUGAAGAUGGGAAAACAUAUAUUAAAGAGAUUCUUGUAAGAGUUCGAGAAGAAAAUGGCCAAAUAAAAAAUUAUUUGUAGGGUUAAAAACGCACGGAGACUUUAUCUACUUAUUAUGUUGCUUUUUUAAGUACCUGCGAAGGUACCUAAGAAAAAAAUAAAUUGUU